CUUCCGCAGGAAAUUCGUGUAGUCGUGUAGCACCGCUAGCAUUCUGUGACAAGCUUCCCAUUUAGCGUCUUCACUAAGUUGACAGCAUAUCGUCACUGAAAAUAAUAUUUAGCUGAACUGUUUCUCUCUGAGAGAGAAGGCAGUGAGAUAUUCAGGAUGGAUAAAGCUCUGCUGAGAGAGCGAGAACUCUUUAAAAAGAGAGCUCUGUCCACUCCUGUAGUUGAGAAGAGACCAGCAACCUCUGAGGCCUCUGGAUCCUCCAAGAAGAAAAAGAGCAAACCAGACAAAGAGACGUCAUCGUCCUCCAAAAACAGCACAGAUCCCAGCAAUGGCUCCUUCAAUCUCAAAGCACUUUCUGGGAGUUCAGGAUACAAAUUUGGAGUUUUGGCCCGAAUUGUUAACUACAUGAAGACGAGGCACCAGAGAGGUGAUACUCAUCAUCUGACUCUGGAUGAAAUUCUGGAUGAGACCAAGCUGCUGGACAUUGGCAUGAAGCAGAAACAGUGGCUUAUGAGCGAGGCAUUAGCAAGUAAUCCUAAGAUUGAUGUGCGGGAAGGGAAAUAUGCCUUUAAACCCAAGUAUCAUCUGAAGGAUAAGAAAGCUCUGCUAAGACUACUGGACAAACACGAUCAGCUGGGACUAGGAGGAGUGUUACUAGACGAUGUUGAAGAGGGUCUACCCAACGCAGCCAAGGCUAUUAAGGCACUUGGGGAUCAGAUUAUAUUUGUGACCAGGCCAGAUAAGAAGAAGGUUCUUUUCUACAAUGACAAACACUGUCAGUUUGUUGUUGAUGAAGGUGGGUGACGAUCAUUAUUAU